AUGAAGGUUUCCGAACUGCGUGAACAGUUAAAAGCUCGUAAUUUGCCUACUGAGGGAGUAAGAGCUCAGUUGUUGACUCGUCUCAAAACGGCAAUCCAAGAAGAAGAAGAAAAGGAGUCGGCUAAGAAGGCUGAAAAAGAAAAAAUGGAGCAGGAAAAAACAUUACAGUCUGUGACUAUUGAUAAGUCACCUCAAGUUUCAGAAGAACAAAUAAAACCUUCAAAUACGGAGUCUGGAUCUAAACCAUGGACGGAUGCACCUAAGUUGACUCUCCGUGAUCUCCCUUCAAUAAUAAUCUUACGCAAGAAAACUGUCGACUUCACCGUACAGUCAGUUGGGCUUGAUGUUGUCAUGGAUUCAAAAUCUGAUUUUAUGGACUGUAGAUCAUAUGAAUUCAUGUUUUGCAUCCACACAAUAUUUGACAUGCUUCGCAGAGAUUCCGUAUUCACUUUAUUUCGUGCCCUUGUUACGGCUGCAGAUAGAGGAAUUUGCGCAAAACCUAGGAAACGCAGUGAACCAGAUUAUGUAGCUAAACGUGCUCGUUUAGAGCGUAAUGAAAGGACAUCUCUGGCAAAAGACGAGGAAUUUAAGGAAACUCCAUUGUAUACGACCGAUCUACCAUUGCUUUUUGCAUGCACAGUACUGGAUACAAGCUAUAAGAGUUAUUUCCUCUCGUCGGAGGUCGAGGACUUCAUUCUUUCACUAGGCUUGCCUAUCUCUCGAUAUCAGCUUCGAUCUCUCAUAUACAAAGUUCUUGAUCAUGGUCGUUUCCACUACCGUUCCUUGACGGAUUCAGAAGAACCUCUUUCUUUAGCGAAUAAAUCAUCUGUUAUAUUCUCCGAUAUAGACGAUGAUGAAUAUUUACUGGAACUUGUACGUGGAGGUGAUGCUAUUUUAGACGACCAAAUAGAUGCGCAACCUAGCGGAAGCAUCGUUGUACUUCAAAAGUCUGGCGAAUCAUUUAAUUCUCAGGCUAUCCAUCCCGAGGAAUAUCUCGGUCAUAUAAGAACGUCAGAACGCGAACACUCCAAACUGAUGACUCAAAUCCGACUUCAAGAACAGGAAAUUGCCCGUCUACGUGAAUCUGUUGCGGACUUCUCGGAACUGAAAGAUAAGUUGUCGAGAACUUCUUCAAGUAUGGAGGACUAUCGAAGACGAUAUAGGGAUGAACGGGACAAAGUUGACUCUCUAGCUCGUGUUUUGGAGCAACAGGCGUCUGUUCUUGAUGCCUGUCGAUCGGCACUUCGACAAGCAUCCAGUCGUUUUUAUAUUCGUCACUCGGUUAAUGAGUCAUCUAAACAACUCAAGCGUUCAUUGUCACCUUGUUCAGUAUCUAGUAACAAGGAAUCUGUCAAGUCUACAAAGAAACUUAAUACUUCAGAUUCAUUUAAAAACGAUCUGUCAUUAUCUGAUUCGCUGAACGAAGGAAAUGUUCCUAAAGUUGCGGAAAUUGAUUCUGCUACAGUCAAGAAUGUGUGUGAACAAACUACUAUGGUUCCAAACGUCAGUUCCGAUGUUUCAGAAUAUAUUAUGAAUGGAUUAAAAACAGAAGAAGCUUUGGUUCCAUGCAACGCCAACGAGAAUGCUUCAACAGCUGUUGAUCAAAAAUGUUCCAUUGUCCCUACAGGAAUAGAACCCCAAAUUACUUUAAGUUCAAGUGAAUGA